GUUUUACUGCGGCCGCUAGAGGUGGAUGCAAAAACAAGAGUUGAGUGUGGGAUGGACUCAGAGGGCAACUAUCCCCAAAACGCUCUCAGGAGGUGAACAAAAAAAAAGAAGGAAAAUGCGAGCCGGGGCAUGAGUGGAGUGCAACUCUUGUCUGCUCAUUUUCUGACACGGUUGAACACAUUUCAUCCACUGGAAACUCCGGGGUUAUCCCUCGACUUAAUGGGCGUACCUCCGUUUUUUUUUCGCAUCACAGAGGAGUAAGGUGAGGGACAGGGUCACAGCUCCAUAAAUACUUGGUGUGGCACAGCAGAGACUUCUGGAUGGACCCUGGAGGAAUAAAAACCGGAGAGGAGCAGCGACUGUUGAUACCUAAUUUGUAGAAAGGGCUGAACACCGGGGAAAGUUGUGGUGCAUCUUCCCAAAAAUGGAAAAUCUAUGAUUCUGCAUUAGCAGAGAUAUAACUUUUUUUUUUUUUUUUGCUCAAAAGAGUGCGAUGUAGGUCAUCUUCAAAACUCAAAAUUUUGUCAAGAUGACAGCGCUUUCACCUUUGCACCGUGCUGUAUUCGGACUCGCGUGGAGCUGCUUGAGUUUUCUGUCCUGCACUCAUUGCGGGUUAAGUGACAACCAUGUGCACUCGAGCUUUAUUUACAGGAGAUUGCGCAAUCACGAACGCAGGGAGAUCCAGAGAGAGAUCCUCUCCAUCCUGGGCUUGCCUCACCGGCCGAGGCCCUUCAGUCCCGGGAAGCAGGCGUCCUCGGCGCCGCUCUUCAUGCUCGACCUGUACAACGCCAUGGCCGUGGAGGAGGAGGAGGUCGGCCCGGGGAAGAGCUUCAGUGCCAAGGCUCAGGGCCACUCCAGGAAGGGUUACUACAGCCCGCAGCAUGCCGGGUACUCCCGCGUGCCACUGCCUUAUCGCGCGGCCCCUCUGUUAGGCCACAGCCCCGCGCUCACCUCAGCGCACGAGAACAACUUUCUCAAUGAUGCCGACAUGGUGAUGAGUUUUGUCAAUUUAGUCGAGAAAGACAAAGAUUUCUCUCACCAACGGAGACACUACAAGGAGUUCCGCUUCGAUCUGACUCAGAUCCCCGAAGGCGAGGCGGUGACGGCUGCAGAGUUUCGGAUCUAUAAGGACCGCAGCCAUGCACGCUACGACAACGUCACUCUGAAGGUUUCCAUUCAUCAAGUCAUCAAGGAGUAUCAGAACAAGUAA